AGUUAAAAAAACUUUUAUAAAAAUCUUUAUAUAUUCUCCGGUGGAAGAUGUCGGCGGGGAUAUUGAGAACGAAAUGGAUGGCGAUGACGGCGAGUAUAUGGAUCCAGUGCACCUUAGGAGGUUCCUACACCUUUGGUAUCUACUCCUCGAUCUUAAAGUCAACUCAAUCUUACGACCAGUCAACCCUUGAUACGGUCUCUGUUUUCAAAGACAUUGGUGGUAACGUCGGAGUUUUAUCAGGACUUGUAUACACCGCAGCCACCUUUAAUCGCCGUCGCUGUGAUGGACGAGGAAGAGGAGGACCGUGGGUGGUGAUUUUGAUCGGAGCGGUUUUGAACUUCACCGGUUAUUUCUUAAUAUGGGCUUCUGUUACCGGUUUGAUUUGGCGGCCUCCGGUUCCGGUUGUUGGCAUAAGCUUGAAGAUAGCUUGAGGUGCAAGCUAUACCAAUCCUACCGAGUUAUGGAAUUAGGAUUAAUUCUAUUUAGGAGUUAUCUAAAUACGUUAGUUUACCGGUUUAGAAUAGGAAAGUUGUCAACUCUAACUCUAGUGUUGAGCAAUUGUUAUAAAUAUCAAGAGAGCGUUUCAUGAAGAGGUGCGCGUCUUAGGGUAUUUUUGAGAGAUGCACACAAGGUGUGUGACGUUGCCCCAUCAAUAAGAUAGAGAUCUUUUGAUGGUAUUGUUGAAGUUCUAUUUCUAAUUAAUGAAUUCUGGACUUGGUCCCGGUGAUGUAGGUUAUCCGAACCCCGUUAACAAACUUGUGUCUUGGUUACUAUUAUGCUCUUCUAUACACGCACAUGAACGUCUAAUACUUCGACAUAUAUAGAUCUAGCCACAUAUAUGUGCUUUAUUUGGUAUCAGAGCCUAUAGAGAAUUGUUCUCGUUUCGGGUGUGAUCCUGGAUUUGUGGCUAGCGGAGAAUGCAUAUGAGAAGGUAGAGAGUAUUUAUGAAGGGGCAGAAUAAAUCACAAACUCUCAUAAAGGGUUUGUUCUAUCAGAGUUGUAUGAAGAGCGCAACUAAUUUUGAUUGUUUCUAUUACCGUCGUCAGGACACGAUUGAGAAGAAAAGAGUUUUACUGACAUGGGCUUGAAAAGAAAGGUUAAGUGGAUGAGAAUUACUGUGUUCAUGAACGUGUGUAAGAGGAGAAUGAAAUUGUGAACGUGACAGAUAGGAACAAAGACUCAUGGAUUGUGUAAUUUGAAACAGUAGAAAUCAUUCGUGUUUGUGGGGUUUUUGUUGUUAGUUUGUCUGCUCUAAGACUUAGAAGAUACAAGAGAUUGGUUUGUUAUGGCUGGCUUACCGAACCAAGAUCUAUGUUUAUUAAGAGAAGAAGAUAGCAUGGGUUUGGAUUUUUGGGUUUCAAUGGCUAUCAAGAUGUUAAAUCAACGAUGGUGAAAUUGGUGUUGACAAAGUCGAUCCUCUACUCCACAACAACGUUUUGGGAUAUAAUUGCAAAAUUAAAGAUUUGAGUCUUCAUCUCCAGCAUCAAUGGUGAUUCACAAUGAGUAAGGAAAAAUUAGAAACAUGUGUUUAAGAAAUUUUGUCACAGGCUGAAAUCGAUGGAAAAGGUAUUACUAAGGCUGAAGAUGGAGUGAGAAAGAAGAAGUCAAAGAAGGUGACUUUUAGCGUGAAUUUAAUUCAAGGGCCUACUCCAUAUGGCUUUGAGAGAAGAGAAUCAUCAGCUCAAGGUAAUGAUUCAUCCUCAACAGAAGAAUCAGAAACUUCAGAUGAGGUUAAGUUUGAAGAGAAUGAAGAAAGAUCUGAUGACCAGCCACAAUUGAGAAAUCACAGUAAAGAGCGGACACACUAUGAUAGUGACAUGAAUGAUGAAAGGGUUUUGGAGGAUAAACCAGAAAAUGUCAAUGGAGAAGCGGACUUGACAGAAAUUAGUUUGGUUCAGGAGAGUUUAAGCGACUAAAUUGAAAUGAAAGAUUUGGGAAAAGCUUCAAGGAUUCAGGGAAUGGAGAUCAAAAGAGAUGGAGCAAAGGAAGGUCUAGCUCUCUCACAGGAAAAGGAAGUUGAGACUUUCGAAAAAUCAGAAGCUAAAGCAGUGGUAACGCCAACUGCAUCUCAUUUCAAAUCAGGGAGCUUAACUCCAGAAGAGAAGGCGUCGGGAACCAAACUUAUGGACACAAGAUUUCAAUUCAUCACAGAUUGGGUAUCUAAAGGAGAGAUAGUCCUAAGCAAGAUACUCACAAGUAUAAAUCCAACAUAUGUUAUGACUCAAGCAUUACCUGGGCAGGAUCUUCAGGUCUGCUAUGAUCUUCUCAACAUCGCCUGAAGGACAACACAGCUCCAGGUAACUCCACUAUCGACAUUAUAGGCUGGCAGGAAGGAAAAAAAAGGGGAAACAAGUCAGCGUGAAAAAAAAAAAUAUUAUGUCGAUAAAGGUAAGUGAGGAGGUUAAGGGAGUUACCUGUAGCUGUGGGCACCUGGAAUUAUGGUGAAGAGAAUUAGAUUCCAGGUGGAGCUGUUGGGAAAACUUCAAGAAAAAAAAAGACUUAGUUGAGUUCUUGAAUUUUUUUUUUGGAAGUAUAGAGUUAUGAUAGGGUGAUUCAGGAUCAGAGAAGUUGGUUACCAGUGGAGAAUCAGUUGUAGAUUCUGAUUCCAGGUGGAGGUUCUGUGAUGAAAAUUCAGAAAAUCCAAGUUAGGAUUUUGGUGGCUCAAGGGUAUAAUUCCAGCAGCUAGAGAUCGAAGGAUGAUUCAUGGUCAGGAGGGAACCUGAAAUCAUCAAGGAGAAAAAAAGAACAUGGGAUGUUCAACAGAGGAGCUGCUGUGAGAGUAGACAUGAAACUGAAGUUAGAGUUUCAUUGAGUCUCUAAAAAAUUGAAAGAAGAUGAUCGAGGGAGAUAAGGCUUACCAGAGAUCGACUUAACAGGUGAAGGCUGUAGUGCUUAUUAAAGAAGCAGUCAUAGAGUUGGUGGAGAAGGAAGAGUUGUGGUUGUCUUCUUGAAGGAAGAACGUGUGGUAGCUUUCACCGGAGGGAGUCGUCAGAGAACGUACGGUGGUAGUCGACUUCACAGGAGACGUUUCGUCGGAGAAGACGAAGGAGCUGCGUUUGAUCCAUUGGAGGAGACGAAGUUGAUGUCUCAAAUUCUUCGAUAAAGAUGUUUCGUCGGAAAUGAUGGAGGAAGGCACCGGAGUUGCUGCAGGGGAUCGCCGGAGGAGAUGGUGAUCCGGUGGUGUUCAGCUUCACGGGAAGGGAGAAAGAGAUGAUGUCGAUGUGCUCAUGUCACGUUGUGUGAUUUUUGACAAAAGGUGGAGUUUGUUGUUGGGUUUGGCAAAAUCACACUUAUUGGGCCUUGUUGGGCCAGACGAAAAUUGACAUUAAGAGAAGAGGUGAAGGUUCUAGAGCUCAUGUACAUAUAUAUUAUUGUGUCGUUGGAUCAGAAGGAUCUUAUUGGCACUAGAGAUUUGGAAGAAAAUGAGUUCAAGCUUAAGAGGGAAAAUGUUGGCAUAAGCUUGAAGAUAGAUGCAUACAAGGUGUGUGACGUCGCCCCAACAAUAAGAUAAAGAUCUUUUGAUGGUAUUGUUGAAGUUCUAUUUCUAAUUAAUGAAUUCUGGAUUUGGUAUAUAGAUCUAGCCACAUAUAUGUGCUUUACCGGUUAUGUGUCUUUUUAUGUUCAUAGCUGCUCAGUCUUUGACGUUUAUUAACACGGCCAAUGUUGUGAGCUCUUUAGAGAACUUCGCUGAUUAUGGUGGCACUGCCGUUGGUAUCAUGAAGGGUUUUGUUGGUCUAAGUGGAGCAAUGUUAAUUCAGAUGUAUGAAACAAUAUGCCCUGGAGAUCCAAAGACAUUUAUUCUUCUACUUGCGAUAGUACCUUCACUUCUCUCUGUCUUGGUGAUGCCUCUAGUUAGGAUAUAUGUGACAAGCACGGUCGAUGAGAAGAAGCAUUUAGAUGGUUUAUCAACUUUGUCACUUAUCAUUGCAGCUUAUCUUAUGAUCGUUAUUAUUCUGAAGAGCACUUUAAGUUUACCAUCAUGGGCCAAUGUCGUCACGCUUUCAGUUCUACUCAUUGUGCUUGCCUCGCCUCUACUAAUCGCGAUAAGAGCACACCGAGACAGUAGUAUUGAGAAGCCAUUAUCACCUGUUUAUUCUCCUCUGGUGGACAACCUGGAAGCAACGACGAUCUCUGAGGAGAUCUUAGUGCUAAAGGAAGACAAUAGCUUGAAUCUUUUACAAGCUAUGCGUAACGUAGACUUCUGGUUGUUGUUUCUUGCAAUGGUAUGUGGAAUGGGAUCGGGGAUUUCGACGAUAAACAACAUUAGACAAUUAGGUGAGUCUCUUAGAUACUCAAGCAUCGAGAUAAACUCAUUGUUGGCUUUAUGGAGUAUAUGGAACUUUAUUGGUCGGUUUGGAGGUGGUUAUGUCUCGGAUUUAUUGCUACACAGUAAAGGAUGGCCACGUCCGUUGCUAAUGGCUACAACUCUUGGAACUAUGACCAUAGGUCACCUAAUCAUAGCCUCUGGUUUUCGAGGGAAUCUUUACCCCGGUUCGAUUAUCAUAGGCAUUUGUUAUGGCUCACAGUGGUCGUUAAUGCCAACAAUAACGUCAGAACUAUUCGGGGUUAAGCACAUGGGCACAAUCUACAACACCAUUUCGAUUGCUAGUCCUAUGGGUUCAUAUAUCUUCUCUGUAAGAUUAAUUGGGUAUAUCUAUGAUCAUACCAUUACGGGAGAAGGUAACACGUGUUACGGUCCUCAUUGUUUUCGAUUGUCAUUUGUGAUCAUUGCGUCGGUGGCUUUCCUUGGAUUUCUUGUCUCGUGCGUGUUGGUUUUUCGCACAAAGACGCUAUAUCAACAGAUCUUCGAGAAGAGGUUCCAUCGUCGAUAAGAUGUGUGACUUGUGAAUAUUAUAGUGUAUAGGUACAUAAUAUUUGCUCAGUCCCAUUUGAGUUAUGUAUUUACAUUUGUUAUAUAAAAAAAAAUAUUGUAAGUAAGCUACUUACGUAUAUACGUUGUAUAAAAAUACAAGUACGUAUAUAUAUA